AUGAAAUGGAUAAAGGUACAGUUCCUCAAAGACACUGAGAGAAACAGCGCGGAUCACCAUGAGUUCGUCAGACACCGUGAAAUCCGUGUGGGACGAAGAUGAGUUUGGUGCUGUCCUGAAUGAAUUCAAUUCAGUCGUGGAAGACCUCUCCUACACUGCAACUGCUGGUGUUCAGUAUGAAAAUCACUUGAAUCAGAUGAAGAAGUUGGGUGCUACUAAUGCUGCCGACAGUGGAAUCGAUGACUCGGAGAGUACAGGGUCAUCUUCUGCAAGCAGCUUGAACUGUAGCAUUGAAAAGCUAAACUCUGUGGAUACAACUUCAUCCAAAGCCAAACUUGGAGACACAAGGGAUCUGGAAGAUUUUAUCGCGGACCUUGACCAGACAUUGGCAGAGAUGAUGUAAGUAAGAGAUGAGCCACACAACCCUUGUUUCGCAAUGAACUACAGUGCUUGAAGAGGUCUCGCUGACCAGAUGCAGCCUAGGACAAGCUUGAUCCCACAUGCGUCAACACUCGUUUGAUACAAACCAUGCUAGUGGAACUAUUUAAAGGAUGUCACUGCAUUUUGCAGGCAACUGAGCUGUACAGGAAGGAGGUUGCAUUGCAAAUUGGUUCAGUCGUUUGUCGUUGCAAACUUCCUGCAUGCUAUCUUGAAAAUAAUGUUAAGUUCUGUAGCGCACUGGAGGUAACCAGCAAUCUUAACACCAUCUGAUUCCUGCUUCAAAUCUGGAGACCUGUCUACUUACCUGUACAUUUUGUAAAUUAAAUAUUUAUCUAUUUGAAACCAAUAAAAUAUUUAAACUUUU